AUGGACGGUGAUUUACCGCAAGCAGCUGCCAGCAACUACGAAUCGGGUCAUGAUUUCAACCUCGAAGCCGAGAAUUUACUGAAACCCGAUCCUCUGGAGGCCGUUACAAUGUCACGAGAAGUCAGUGAGACCUCUAUUCAAACAGAAUCUAAUUUGCACGAGACAGAAAGGCCUACGGACGACUUGGAAGAUGCCGAGGUGAGGUGUUGUGCUGAGGACAUAGUCGUGGAAACUCUCGCCAAGGUUUUAUCCGAACUGCCCUCCAACGUGUUUGAGUCCACUGUUAAAUCCAGCACAAUAAAAUUUGCGCCAUUUUGA